AUGGGUUGUUGCCAAUCCUUGUGUUCGGAUGAACACCAGCCGCUCGGGAAAGAUGGAGUUCAACCGACGCAAGCGACUCAAAACCACCGCGGCGGCGCCACGACGGCUGACAACGGCGGAGCUGGUGGUGUAGCUGGAGGAGGAAUCCCGUCUUUCUCAGAGUUCUCUUUCUCCGACCUCAAAGCAGCUACAAACAACUUCAGCUCCGACAACAUCGUGUCGGAAAGCGGCGAGAAAGCCCCAAAUCUCGUCUACAAAGGCCGGCUUCAGAACCGCCGUUGGAUCGCCGUCAAGAAGUUCACUAAGAUGGCUUGGCCUGAUCCUAAACAAUUCGCGGAAGAAGCAUGGGGUGUUGGAAAAUUCAGACAUAACCGGUUAGCGAAUCUGAUUGGUUACUGUUGUGACGGAGACGAGAGGCUUCUCGUUGCUGAGUUCAUGCCUAACGAUACACUCGCUAAGCAUUUGUUCCAUUGGGAGAAUCAGACGAUUGAGUGGGCUAUGAGGUUGCGAGUAGGAUAUUACAUAGCCGAAGCUUUGGAUUAUUGUAGCACAGAGGGUCGUCCUUUGUACCAUGAUUUAAAUGCUUACAGGGUUCUCUUUGAUGAGGAUGGUGAUCCUCGUCUCUCGUGUUUCGGCUUGAUGAAGAACAGUCGUGAUGGUAAAAGUUAUAGCACCAACCUAGCAUAUACACCACCUGAAUAUCUAAGAAAUGGAAGAGUGACACCUGAAAGUGUUACUUACAGCUUUGGAACUGUGCUUCUUGAUUUGCUUAGUGGCAAACACAUCCCUCCAAGCCAUGCUCUGGAUAUGAUACGCGGCAAGAAUAUUAUUCUGUUGAUGGAUUCACACCUCGAAGGAAAGUUCUCAACAGAAGAAGCUACCGUAGUUGUAGAACUCGCCUCUCAAUGCUUGCAGUAUGAGCCUCGAGAGAGACCUAAUACCAAAGAUCUUGUGGCAACGCUUGCACCAUUGCAAACUAAAUCAGAUGUUCCUUCUUAUGUAAUGCUUGGAAUAAAGAAGCACGAGGAGGCACCUUCGACGCCACAGAGGCCACUUUCGCCGUUAGGUGAGGCUUGCUCGAGAAUGGAUCUCACAGCUAUUCAUCAGAUCUUGGUCAUGACACACUACAGAGACGAUGAAGGGACAAACGAGUUAUCUUUCCAAGAAUGGACCCAACAGAUGAAAGACAUGCUUGACGCACGCAAACGUGGUGAUCAAGCUUUCCGCGAGAAAGAUUUCAAAACCGCCAUAGACUGUUACUCACAGUUUAUCGACGUAGGAACAAUGGUGUCACCAACUGUAUUCGGUCGGAGAAGUCUAUGCUACUUACUAUGCGAUCAACCAGACGCAGCGCUGCGCGACGCAAUGCAAGCGCAAUGCGUGUAUCCUGACUGGCCAACGGCUUUCUACAUGCAGUCCGUGGCGUUAGCGAAGCUGAACAUGAACACCGACGCAGCAGAUAUGUUGAACGAAGCUUCUCAGCUCGAAGAGAAGAGACAACGAGGAAGCGGCAAAUGAGGAAGCGGCAAAUGAUCUUUUGGAUUCUUGAUACACAAUGUGUUUUACAUCAUCUUGUGAGCUUCAAAAGAUUCUUUUUAAAGAAGAAACAAAUGGUUCAAAACCUGUCGAUGUGAUU